AUGCUUUUCAACCUUUUUCAACUCGCGAAUUCGUUUUGCUGGAUCGGAAUUGUCGCAAAUUCCGUUCCUCAAACAUCCGAAAGUUCGUUCGCGCAUAUUUUCUUUGCCGCCAUUACAGUCAUUCUCGUCCACUUCAUUAUUUCGACAAGCUGCACUUUCUUGAAUCACGUGGGCGAAAAGACAUCCCUCAAGACGGUUCUUACUCGAGGAAUCGGGUAUUCGAUUUCGUGGCCUUUUGGCCUAGUGAAAUUCGAGGAAAUUGAAGAUGUCAGCGUCGCAGUCCGAGUUGAAAUCAUGAAAGGUCUCGGGAUGGCCCUCCUUUUGUCGAACCCUGGAUUCUUUCUCUUUUCCGAAUGCCUCUUUCUCAUCAUUUCACGGUCCUUCCAAAGCACACUAAAAGGAGAAGACAACCUCAAGAUCUACGAAGAACUCAAGAAACCAUCCCUUGGAUUCCUCGCCUUUUCAUUUUCUUUGAUAAUCCCUGCGAUGAUCUAUUCCUGCUUGCUUUUUGCCAUUCAUUCAACUGCAUAA